AUGGCGCAGAGAUUUGUAUCUUUUCCUUCCUGGGAUCAUGAAAUAGACAUCUCCGGGCUGCUCGAUGGAGAUGGAGGCAAACUACUUCAUGAGUAUGCGAAUAUAGAGCUCGAGGAUAUGGAACACCAUGUCAAAAUCAUAGCUAGGAAAGGCUGGGAUAUCUUGAGAUAUCCGUGUUUCCAGAAAUUUUUGUUCCUUCAUUUAGAUCUUUCCCGCUCGCCUGUCUACAACAGGAUCCUCAAGGAAAUCCAGGCUGGCAACUUGUUUUUAGACCUGGGAUGCGGUCUCGGUCAAGAUAUACGGCGCUUAGUGCAAGACGGUGCACCAGCAGAGCAUCUCAUCGGACUGGACCUCGAGCGCGACUAUAUAAAUCUUGGCUUUGAGCUGUUCAAUGAUCAACAGAAACUUCGAUCGGUGUUUCUGGCCCAGGAUUUUGCUGAGGAUACCCCGGAAAUCAGCCGUCUGGCCAAAAGAAUCAAAAUAAUCAAUUCUGGGUAUUUUAUGCACCUUUGGAAUUGGGAAAAACAGUUGAACGCCGCAAAACGCAUGAUACAAUUGGUGUUGCCUGGUAGUGGAUCAAUUAUUUGCGGUGUUCAUUUUGGGAGUCAGUCUGCUGGAAUGUGGAAGAAUGUACCCCCAGGCUUUGAGGAAAUGUUUCUCCAUAACCGGGAAUCUUUAUCUAAACUAUGGAAUCAAGCUGAAAAGGAAACCAAGACGAGUUGGAAGUUCGAAUGUGUCGAAGAGGAUGAUGAAUACUGCAGGGACCUUGACCCGGAGGGCUGUCGGUUGAGAUGGAUUGCGGAGCAGGAGUGA